AUGCCGCCUGUACGCAAUAGAGGUGGUAGAUUCAGCAGAGGACGUGGCAAAGGGCCCAGGGGCCAAACCAACAGACGGAAUGGCUUCACCACCUCGCGAGUCGAAGACGUAGAACCGGAGGAUCAUUCCGAUAAUGAAUCGCACCUCAGCCACGAGCCUGCUGGAGAUGAAAUGGACCACGAAACCCAAAUGGACGAUGUCUCGUCCGAUAGCGACGACGACGAAGCCCAGCAGACAGCUCGUCCGUACAACGAAUUGAUCCAAUUGCUGCAAGUAAAUGCGGAACCUAAAGGCCCCGCUAGGAAGAGGAGAAAGGUUGAACACAACGGUGGAGAGAAGAGAGAUGCCGUGCCCGCCGCGAACGGAGAAGAGGACGAUGCGGUCCUACUAGGAGACGAUGAUUUGCAAGAGCAGGAGCCGUCUGACGAAGAAGAAGAAGAUCACCCAAAGGAAGCGGACGGCAAAUAUGAGAGCGAUGACGAAGAAGAUGCAAACGACCCUUUUGAGACUCAUUUUUCGGCAGUAGACGAGAGCGAGCUGGCCUUGAAGAUUAAAUCAGCAGAAGAAAAGAAAUGGAAAAACACGAAGAAGGAAAUCGGUAGCGGGCUGAAGUUGGUACGCGCUAUUCCCGACAUUGGCGAGGGCGAUGUAUCCUUGCUACCAGCAAUGAAGCACUUUUCAAUCGUCAAGCUCAAGAAGAAACUUUAUGGCCCUGCCACAGAGCGGAUCCCAGCAAUCAGCGGUGACGCUCAGCAUAUCGCGCCUUACAUCUUCGGCUAUCAAGAUGUUUUAUACGGAGCCCGAACGACAUCGAACUCGAGCGCGAUGCGGGAUAUUCUAGCCGUUCAUGCGGUCAACCACAUCCUGAAGACACGGGACCGGGUGCUGAAGAACAACUCUCGCAUUGCCAAAGAACAGGACGCAGACCUGGACCUUCGGGACCAGGGCUUUACCAGACCGAAGGUGCUCUACCUUUUGCCGACGAGACAAGCUUGCGUUCGAGCGGUCGAGUCCAUAACACGCUUCUUCCAGCCGGAGCAGCAAGAGAACAAGAAGCGGUUCUUGGACUCAUUUUCUGCAGCAGACGACAAAUCCUGGGAAAACAAACCUGAGGAUUUUCGGGAGCUUUUCGGCGGCAACGAUGAUGACAUGUUCCGGCUGGGUCUCAAAUUCACUCGCAAGACCAUGAAGUACUUUUCGCAAUUCUACAAUUCGGAUAUAAUCUUGGCGAGUCCCCUGGGUCUACGCACAAUCAUGGACCAGGCUGACGCGAAAAAGCGUGACCACGACUUCUUGUCCUCAGUCGAACUGGUGAUAGUUGACCACGCCGAUGCUCUGCUCAUGCAGAACUGGGACCACGUGGGCUACAUUCUCGAUCAUCUCAAUCUACAGCCCAAAGAGGCUCACGGGUGUGAUUUCAGUCGUGUGCGAACGUGGUACUUGGACAACCAUGCCCGAUUUGUCCGCCAGAUGAUCGUCUCUGCUUCAUUUAUCACACCCGAGAUCAACUCCUUAUUCUCUACACAUAUGCAGAACUUCGCAGGAAAGAUCAAGGUGACGCCGGUGUACGCGGGAGCUAUCUCCGAGGUGCCCCUCCCAGUAUCCGUCAAGCAGACCUUUUCGCGGUUCGACAGUCUCACGCCGACCAAAGACCCGGACGCGCGGUUCAAGCAUUUCACCACGACGGUGCUCUCAUCCUUGGUGCGAAACAUCACCUCAAGCCGGGACAAGAGCAGUGCGGGAGGUACCUUGAUCUUCAUCCCGUCGUACUUGGACUUUGUGCGGGUGCGCAACUACUUUGCAACAUCGUCGCAAACCACCAACGUCUCGUUCGGGGCGAUCUCAGAAUAUAGCGAGGUCCGGGAGAUGACACGGGCACGCACACACUUCAUGAACGGGCGGCAUUCAGUGCUGCUGUACACGGAGCGCUUGCACCAUUUCCGUCGGUACCAGAUCCGGGGCGUGAAGCGGAUUGUGAUGUAUGGUGUGCCGGAGAACCCGCUCUUCUGGGGAGAGAUUGUGGGGUUCUUGGGCUUGGAUCCGGCGGGCGUCGUGGACGCGGCGGAGGGAGGCGUGCGGGCCUUGUUUUCCAGGUGGGAUGCGCUGAAGCUGGAGCGCAUCGUGGGGACGAAACGAGUAGGCAAUAUGUUACGGGAGAAGGGAGGAGAUACCUUUACUUUUGUAUAG